AAGGAUCGUCCGUGUGCUCGUGCCGAGGCAUCCUUAUCAACGAGGCAACGAGGAAAGAAGAAGAAGAAGAAGCAGCAGCAGCAACCGAGGAAGUAGAAGAAAGGUUCUCAGGUGAGAGAGAGAGAGGUUGAAAAGACGAUUCGAGGACGUGGCUGGAAGAAGGCGAGCCAUAUUGUGAGAAAGAAGAGACGAAGCUAGGAGGGGCGAAGCGAAGAAAACCCUCGCGCGAGAGGCAAAGGGUAACCAACGCGCGGCUGAGCGAUCGAAUUUUCUUCCCGAAAAGUGAGCACACGUCGAAGCAGCACGACCCUCCGCCGCGACCAUGAAUCCGGGAGCGCCCAAUUAUCCCAUGGCUUCGCUUUACGUGGGCGAUCUUCACACCGACAUCACCGAGGCGAUGCUGUUCGAGAAGUUCUCGUCGGCUGGACCCGUGCUGUCGAUACGCGUAUGCCGCGACAUGAUCACCCGUCGUUCGCUCGGCUACGCAUACGUCAACUUCCAGCAACCGGCUGACGCCGAACGCGCCCUUGAUACAAUGAACUUUGACAUGAUAAAGGGACGGCCUAUUCGAAUCAUGUGGUCUCAACGCGACCCGUCCCUUCGGAAAUCAGGCGUCGGAAACGUCUUUAUCAAAAAUCUAGAUAAAAAUAUCGACAAUAAAGCGAUGUAUGAUACGUUCUCCGCAUUUGGCAACAUAUUGAGUUGCAAAGUUGCUCAAGACGAGUCGGGCGCGUCCAAGGGCUAUGGCUUCGUUCAUUUUGAAACGGAGGAAGCUGCUAACAAAUCCAUUGAUAAGGUCAACGGCAUGUUGCUGAACGGCAAGAAGGUGUACGUUGGCAAAUUCAUCCCGCGCAAAGAGCGCGAGAAGGAGUUGGGCGAGAAGGCGAAACUCUUCACCAAUGUUUACGUAAAGAACUUCGGCGAGGACAUGACUGACGACAAGUUGAAGGAAAUGUUCGAGAAGUACGGGACCAUAACAAGCCACAAGGUGAUGAACAAGGACGACGGCAAGUCGCGUGGCUUCGGUUUCGUUGCGUUUGAGGAUCCAGAUGCCGCCGAGCAAGCGGUACUUGAGCUGAACGGCAAGGAGAUCGCUGAGGGCAAGUGCAUGUACGUAGGACGCGCCCAGAAGAAGGCUGAACGGCAGCAGGAGUUGAAGCGCAAAUUCGAGCAGCUAAAGAUUGAGCGGCUGAAUCGGUAUCAGGGCGUGAAUUUAUACGUGAAGAAUCUGGACGACACGAUCGACGACGAGCGCUUGCGCAAGGAGUUCACACCUUUCGGCACGAUUACGUCCGCGAAGGUCAUGAUGGAGGAGGGACGUAGCAAGGGCUUCGGGUUCGUGUGCUUCUCGCAGCCGGAAGAAGCCACCAAGGCGGUCACGGAGAUGAACGGUCGCAUUGUCGGAUCCAAACCAUUAUACGUCGCUUUGGCGCAACGCAAGGAGGAUCGCAAAGCGCACCUCGCCUCUCAGUACAUGCAACGUAUGGCGAACGUCCGAAUGCAGCAAAUGGGACAGAUAUUCCAGCCCGGUAACGCUGGCAGUUACUUUGUGCCCACGUUGCCGCAGCCACAGCGAUUCUACGGGCCCGCACAGAUGGCGCAGAUCCGCGCUACGCCACGCUGGCCGGCACAACCGAACCAGGUGCGACCGAACGCGCAGACCGGCAGCUCCGGAUUCACGAUGCAAGCUCCGUUCAGAGCGGCGCCGCGCGCUCCUGCCGCUCAAGCCGGCGCCAUGCGCAACACCCUGUCCGCCAGACCUAUCACAGGUCAACAAGCGGUAGGUGGCGCAAACAUGCAGAGCCGGUCUAUGGCCGGACCGGCGGUCGGAGUUUCGCCGCAGAGCCGUCCAUCAAAUUACAAGUACACUGCGAACAUGCGCAACCCGCCGCAGACGAUGCCGAUGCCCGCCCAGGCCCCCGUACAACAGGCAGUACACAUUCAAGGCCAAGAGCCGCUCACCGCAUCGAUGUUGGCAGCCGCGCCGCCACAGGAGCAGAAGCAGAUGCUGGGCGAGCGUCUGUUCCCGCUCAUCCAAUGUAUGUACCCGGCCCUCACCGGCAAAAUCACCGGCAUGCUCUUGGAGAUCGACAACUCCGAGCUUCUGCACAUGCUGGAGCACAGCGAAUCGCUGAAAGCCAAGGUCGAGGAGGCCGUGGCCGUGCUGCAGGCCCAUCAGGCCAAGCAGGCGAAUCAACCGAAGAAGGAAUAAGACCUGCUCCGAAGGAAGAAGUCGCGGAAACCCGAACCCUUUCAAUUGACUUUAUAAUCGGCAAUUAUUACUUGCGGAUUAACAAACAAGAAAAAGAAUGUUCUCUUCGUUUAUUAUUUCCUCUUUUUUUUUUUUUCUUUCUUUCUUUUCUCUUUAUAUAUCCCCCUUUCUUCUCUUUUUCUCCUUCUCUUGCUAUCUCUCUAUCAUUGCGCAAUUUAAUCGAUUCAAUGUAAAUUUACUUUUAAGAUUUUUCAAACUGCGAUGAUGACUCGAGACCCGAUCGUCACGUAUACUGAUAAUUAGCUGGAAUUUAACUAAAGUGCGAAAUGCGACUAUUGAUUUGGAAGCUGAUCGUGAAAGGGUUUUUCUUCUAAAGUUUUUAAAUAAUAAAUAAAUUUUUUCUUUCAAUCUACA